AUCGCAAAUAACACACAGCCAAUUAAGUUACGAUGACCACUAUUUGGGUCUCUAUGUCUUACGCAUGUCUAUGCUCUAGAAACAACACCAUUCACUGUCGAUGCUGGAAGACUAAGGGUCAACUCUCGCUCAGCCGGCGCCCCGCGGAAAAAAGGGUGAGACUGAACUGCCGGCUGUCACCAGCUGUAGCUCAUGCAUGUCCUGUUUUCCUACUUGUGAUGACCUCAUUCUCUUGGUCACGUCCUACCAGUGCAAGCUUCACAUGAGGUCCGCAACUGCCGCAGAAGGCCACUUGUGAAGCAGAUUUUCUCCAACACGCCAGACUUUAUCUGAUGGGACCAUCAAAAAAGACAAUGGUUCGCCGCGCAGUCGUCUCAUCCUUUAUCUUCAAGUUCCCGCCCAAUCGGGGGCCGCAGGUCGCUCUGUUCCGGAGAAGUGACAGCGUGCGGACUUAUCCCAAUCAUCUUGCGCCGGUAUCGGGCAGCAUAGAGCAGGACGACCCCUCACCCCUGGAUGCUGCCUGGAGAGAGAUCCGCGAAGAGACAACGCUCACACCUGCGACUUUAACGUUACUCCGCCAGGGGAAGGACUACGUCUUCGCCGAUGAGAGGAUUGGCCGCGAGUGGACUAUCCAUCCCUUCGCCUUCCGCCUCAAGUCCCACGAGGAUGAGUCCCGCAUUCAGAUCGAUUGGGAGCAUAAGGGGUUCCAGUGGUUCGACCCCCACGAGGUCCGCGACGUCGAUGAAUUUGGUGGCGUGCCACGACUUGCCGAGAGUCUUCGACGCAUCUGGUUCGAGAUUGAACUCGGCGAGAGGAGAGGAAAGUUUCUAAGUGACGGGCUGCUCGCGUUGCAGAAGGAUCACCAAAGCGGAGCGCGGCAGCUGGCGGGCAAGGCGCUUCAGGUUCUUCUUUCCGUCAUUGGGGAGAAGGCCAGCGCAGAGAAAGAUGGCUCUGUGGAAAAGUGGUGGCGCAAUGCUCGGCUCGCCGCUUGGCAUCUCUGGAAGAAUGGCAGAGAGAGCAUGGGAGCCGCAAUUCUGAACAAUAUUGUGCGAUCGCUGUCCGUCAUAGAGAAGGAGGUACAGCAGGUCAAGGAUGCAAACGUCUCCCAGGCCUUCCUUGACUCUGUGACAAAAAAGGUAGGCAAUUUUGCAACAUCGAGGGACUCUUCUAUCGAUGGCAUCUGGAAGUCCUUUGAGGCUUUCUUACGAACACAUCACGGCUCCGGUCAGCCCAUCCGGAUUCUCACGUUAUCGUCGAGUUCCACCAUCCUCGAGUGUCUGAAGAGGGCUAUCGCAGGCCUGGACUCAUCAUUCGAUAUCCGCGUACUCGAGUCUCGUCCCUUGUUUGAGGGGGUUUCAAUGGCGUCUAGCCUGGUCAACCACCUCCAAGAAUCAGGGCAAAGAGAGAACAGAGUCAAUGUCUCAAUCUAUACCGACGCCGCCGCCGCAAUCGCUAGUAAGGAAGUGGACAUGGUCCUCAUUGGUGCGGAUAUCAUUGACGGGUAUGGGGCAACGAGCAACAAGACAGGCUCACUACCAGCAAUUCUCUCUGCUAAGUACAGCUCACCUCAAGCUAAGGUAUUCGUUCUGGCCGAAAGUGAGAAGAUUCUGCCGUAUGAUCCACCUCCUUUCGAAGAGAAUGAUGUCAAUGAGGUCGCCGCUUCGUGGAAGCACGACUACUUAGCACAACAGGAUGCCUCGAAGGCCAUCGAUAGCUCGCUUGGGGCAGGCUCCGGCAAGGAGAUGGCAAAAGCGAAUGUCAGGAACGUGUACUUUGAAUGGGUACCCUCAGGCCUCAUCGACGGAUACAUGCUCGAGGACGGGGAGAAAUGCUCGAUUGAUAUUUCGGACAUCGCCGAGCGGAUACGCCGCGAAGCAGAUGCGUUCUUCUCUGAUGUUUAGGUAUAACGUGGUUGCUCCGCAGACUAUCAUACUCAAAGGCCAUAUAUAAACGUCCACUUCUUGUCAGCGUAACGCGUGUUGUCCAGCCGCU